AACCCAUCCCCCACCAACCAAAAAUCAAAACAAUCAUUUCCACAAUCUCCCAUCUUUCACACCAUGACCACACCCAACAAAAACCACAACAAAUCUCUACUACACCGCCUAAGAACCGCGGUGCAAAAAGUAAAGCUUCUCAUAAGCUCAACAAUUCUCAACCAAACAUGGAACGCUGCAAAACUGCUACGAGGCACUUCAUCUUUGUCCAAACGCCAGCUCAGUUUCAACGACCGUCCUGGAUUGAUGAUCUGUUCCUCCGAUGAAACCGAUUCAGAAGAGUCUCUUUCUCCGUCGCCGCCGCGGUGUCUUCAGAGAACCAUGAGUAUUCCUUCCGAUGAUGACAUUGAUAAGAGAUCGGAGAUUUUCAUAGCGAAUUUCCGACGACAGCUUCUGUUGGAAAGACAAAUUUCGUUGCAGCUACGUUAUCGGUCACAGGGAACAACAACAUAGUUAUAGAUUAUUAUGUUUUUCUUUUUCUUCUACUUUUUUUUGAGGACAUGUAUAAACAAUUUCUUGAUUUUUUUUCUUCUUUAUUUUCUUUGAGAUUGAUUUGACUAUAAUUUUUUGUUAGUUGUUGUUUCAUUCUCUACCAUUUCUUUUUUCUUUUGUUAAUUAUUCUUGUACAACAAGAUACAUUGAAUUAUUAGAUACACUGAAUUAUUGAAUUGUA